UCUUCAACAGACUCUUCAGAUCCUCUUCCACCUGCAGAAAGCCAUGCAUCCUGAUUACUCCAACAAUGCGUCCCCUGGACAGCCUGGGGGCCCCACAGGCGUUCAGCACAUCAUAGUGAACGUCCCCCCUGAGCCCCCCACAGAUUAUCUGGUCUGGUCGCUCUGCACCUUCGUCUACGCAAAUUUUUGCUGUCUUGGUUUGGGGGCUCUCAUCUCUUCUGUCAAGGCCAGGGACCGGAAGAUGGUUGGAGAUCACAACGAAGCCAGACGUCACGCCUCCUGCGCGCGUGUUUUCAACAUCGUGGCCGUGACCCUGACGUCUCUGAUGCUCUUCAUCGUCAUCGUUGUGCAGAUUGUCGCGGCUGCGAAACUGGCACAAUAUACGAGUCAGAGAGGCUAUUGGAGAGGGAAUUAACCGUCCUUCAUAAUGUCAGUAACGCUGGUAGUAAAACCUAAAGCGAUGAAGAAGCGCUUCAUUUCUGUAAAGUUUGUUUAUCAACCAAACAGCAAAAAUGUGUCUCAGCUCACAUGAAUAAAAAGCUUGUUUCACGAUAAUAAAAACCAUCCAACGCUGUUCUCUAAACCACA